AUAUAUUGGUCUUGAGUCUAUCUGGAGUCUAGUUUAUCAACUUCGUCCCUUCCCUCGUUUCUUCUUUUUCUUGCCAUCACUUCAUGUUUUCUUCCAACUAUAUGUAUUCGCUCUGUCAUUCUACACUAUCUUAUUCUUGAUUUGUUGUUCUUGCUGCUAUACAUGGACCAUGUCGAAUCAUUGGCAUCUCCAUAUGCUUGUCAGAGCGUCAUAAUCUAAUAAUGGCUUCUUCCAUUAUUUUCGCUCUGCCCGGCCAUCGAGACGGUGCGGUGUCCUCUACUAUAGCCUGGACUCUGUCAAGGUCAACCUGCCAUCCAGUUCUCUGGGAGCGGGUGUUUGCCGCCAUGCCAGCUGCCGGUUUGCCAUGCGGUUGGAACACUCCAGGUUUGUCACGGUAGUUCUAAACCAUGGGUUCUCAUUGUUCUCCUGCGCCCUUGGUGUUAGAAAGUCUCUUUCACAACAGGUCUAUCUAUCAUUGACGUCGUUUUUGUCAUUUACAUGCAUGGAAAGAUUGCUCAUUCACCACCAGGAACUAGAAAAGAUGGCAGCGUUGACCGGUGAAGAAUGCAGCCCCACUCGUCAUCCUCUCACCAGCCAGCUCGCACAUGCGGCACGGGCGCGGCUCACAUUCAGUAGCCAAGAUCGAGAUAUCCAUUUUUCGCCGCUCUGAGUGCCCCUUCGCAUCAUCCUCCCGCACUUUGUCCACAUACACUGGCAACUGUUUGGGCAAAUUAUAUUCCAGUGCCUCAGGCAUAACGAGUGGGGAUCGCUGAGGGACAACCUGUGGCCAAUUGAGUCUACCUUAGUCACCACCGAGGUGGAGGCAUCCAUCCAAGGCACCGACCAGGACCAGCGAAUGACAUGGCUGAACGGACGCUGCUCGAGUCUGCGCUCGACUGUGAUGAUGCUCUUGAAAAAUUACGAUGUUUACGCGAUGCCUUGCCUCGACACGCCACCAAGAUCACCGCUAUCCUCUCGGAGUUGUUCGCCGUCAGCGCAGCAUUGCGAGAAAUCCAUAAUGCCGAACAUAGUUGGACCUACGGACCUUUUUUUUAUCAAAUCCACGACGACUUGGCUAUUGUACGCAGAAGCCUCAGUUUUACUACUCAAGACAUGUUCGACAUGUUCUCGAGAUCCCGGCAAGGGUUAGAGGAAACUGCGUGGAAAGAUCUGGAAAAUUAUUUCGUACAUCAAGAGGGAUCAGGACUACAUGAGCGUCUGGAAUACUAUCGAGACUUUCUUGACGCGCAGAACGAUAUCCUGGGGGGACAUGAAGUUUCAGACCUUGGCAGAAUUCGCAGGGAUGUCAAUCGUGUGCUUGCGGCACAGCAAAGAUCCAGAAAUCAGACCAUCGAUUCCAGGCUGGCGGGAUUAUCAGGAUCGAGUACUCCCAGACCCAGAAGACGAUCGAGCCGGGGUCCUCGUCCGAAACCACCAAGCAAUUCGACUAUACCGUCAGAAGAUCUCCGUUGGGAACGACCACCCAAUACUUAUGCACCGGAUCCUCCAUUUGCAGCUCGGCCACAAUCGCCUUUUGUGUCACCACUCUAUAGCACCUUCACCUCGGACUCCUCACAGACAAUGUCAAGCCACACGUCUUACUCGAGCGAUCCAUAUUUCUCGACCCAACCAGGUCUGCCACUCCAUUGGGCUGAGGAUGUAUUCGAUGGUAGCUAUUCCACUACGCGAUACAGACUUGAAUGUCAAUCAAUCGAAGACUCCACAUGUUCUGGCGAGCUGGCCUUAGAUGCGCUAGAGGCUAUAGCCACUACCGGCUUUCAACGUGCCGUGCAGAUGCCCUUUGACGAGAACCGUCUAUGUGUGCAACUGUACUACCGUCCCGAAGAUUACCGAGCCAUCAUACUAAUCAUCGCCCACGAUGCGUAUGGCCAGCCACUUUACCACUCCGAAUGUUUAGCCAAGCUCAAGAUCCUCCGAGAAGGCUCCGUACUAAUCCUCUGCCGCGUCCUCUAUGGCACCGAAAGACACAUCGUCUGGGCACGUCUCAACUUCAUCCUCCACGAAAGAAUGGUGCUAUUCUACAACACAUUCAUCGCCAUGAAACACCAAGACCGAGGCGGCAUCGCACAUGGCAUCUUAAUCGAAAACUACGCGCUCGAAAAAUGCGACCAUGGCGAAACGUUAAUCUUUACAGGUGAAAUCCGACACCACGACAUGCGCCACCUCCUUCGCCUGGUCCGAGACAGUGCUUCCAAAGUCGUCCGCUUGGAAGCUUCUCCGCUCCGAGGCCAGAAGAAAACUGUCCCCAUCUGGACCGCUUUCGUGACCCGAUAUGCUUAUGAUCCGGAUUGGCCCGAGUAUCAAGGAAAUGGAAACGUGGUGCUUGCGAAGCUGAAAACUUCGAUUUUUAUUGAUGGAUAUGAACCCCCUGUGGAUAGGAGAGGGAAUGCGAUUUUACCUUUUGCUUCGGAUCGAGAUGCCAGAAAAUUCAUGCAAGAAUGGGCUGGUUUGUGUCGCAGAUAUGGCCGCUGAAAUGUUUUUGGUUUUUUUUCCCCGACGGAAGAAUAUACCCCCCUAUAUUACCUAGCGGUGGUGGUGUUUGUUUUGGUAUACCCGAGUUUUGCUUUGCUUAUGAGACGCAGAAGAAGAAGAAGUGUUGUUGCUUGUAGCAAGCUGCAGCGCGAAAAGUUGAUGUUGAUGUUGAUGUUGAUGAUGAUGAUGAUGAUAACGUACCUUACACACAAAAGCUCCUCCCCCCUCAAAAUCAAAAUAAGGUAAUGAUGUGCUACCUAUGAUAUGGAUAUGGAUAUGGAUAUGGAUACCUUAUGAAUGAAUGAAUGAAUGAAUGAAAUCCAG